UCAUUGCAGCCCUGGCCCACAGACAGCAGAUCUCUGAAGGAAGGAAAGUUUGGGGGGUUGAAUUUAAAACACUACACCGCAGACCGAACAAAUCACACACACACCGAGGAGAGACCUAAAGGAGGAAGAAAGAGCCCCCCUUUUUUUUAAAUUCAUUUUUUUUUUUAAUCCGAGUGCAAUAUUUUCUUGCGGGACUUUAAAAAGGGACGAAGAGAAUUCUUUGUUGUAGUACUGCAGUGGGGCUAACAGCGGCUCAUCCAAACACAGAGAACUGUGAUCGCAGAGAAGACCCGGGUGGUGGUUUUUUUUUUUUUUUUUUUAAUUUUUUUUUUUUUUCUUCUUUUUUUUUUUUUUUUUGAGGGGGGGGGGGGAACAAAAGAUACCCUAAAAAAAAAAAAAAAAAAAAAAAAAAAAUACAUCCACACAAUCGAAGGAAAUAAAUAUCAGCUUUCCCUGCACAUUAAGAAUGGUCACUCAGAUAAUCAGCACAAUGGAAACUCAGGUGUCCAACGGUCCGACAGGUAACAGCCUCCCCAGCUGCCCCGUGGUCAGCACCAACGGGUCCACGGACGACAGCAAGACGAACCUGAUCGUGAACUACCUUCCUCAGAACAUGACGCAAGAGGAGUUUAAGAGCCUGUUCGGCAGCAUCGGGGAGAUCGAGUCGUGCAAGCUCGUCAGAGACAAAAUUACAGGUACCGUACCUGCAUCGACCACAGGUCAAAGUUUAGGCUAUGGAUUUGUAAAUUACGUCGACCCCAACGACGCUGACAAAGCUAUCAACACGCUAAACGGACUCAAACUACAAACCAAAACCAUUAAGGUGUCCUAUGCCCGCCCCAGCUCUGCUUCGAUUCGCGACGCCAACCUGUACGUCAGUGGGCUUCCCAAGACUAUGAGCCAGAAAGAAAUGGAGCAGCUCUUCUCCCAGUACGGCCGGAUCAUCACCUCUCGAAUCCUGGUGGACCAGGUGACAGCAGGCAUAUCGCGAGGAGUAGGAUUCAUCCGGUUUGAUAAACGCAACGAGGCCGAGGAAGCCAUCAAGGGUUUGAACGGGCAGAAGCCGCUGGGCGCCGCCGAGCCCAUCACCGUCAAGUUCGCCAACAACCCCAGCCAGAAAACCGGCCAGGCCCUGCUCACCCAGCUGUACCAGACGGCUGCCCGCAGAUACACGGGCCCCCUGCACCACCAGACACAGAGAUUCAGACUCGACAACAUAUUAAACAUGAGCUACGGAGCCAAGAGCUCUCCCUCUCUGCUCCCCAGGUUCUCCCCGAUCACCAUCGACAGCAUGACCAGCCUGGCUGGAGUGAACCUGACCGGCCCCACGGGAGCCGGCUGGUGCAUCUUCGUCUACAACCUUUCCCCUGAGGCGGAUGAGAGUGUGCUGUGGCAGCUGUUCGGCCCGUUUGGGGCCGUGACCAACGUCAAGGUCAUCCGCGACUUCACCACCAACAAGUGCAAAGGCUUCGGCUUCGUCACCAUGACCAACUACGACGAGGCUGCCAUGGCCAUCGCCAGCCUCAACGGGUACAGGCUGGGCGACAGGGUCCUCCAGGUCUCGUUCAAAACCAGCAAGCAGCACAAGGCUUGAAGGGGAGAGGAGGCAGCAGCGGCAAUCCCAUUUGAAGAAAGAAAGAAAAUAAUGGAGGAGUUCAAACACACUCAUUAUUACACGCCUGAGCCCCCACCCCCCCCCCUUUUUUUUUUUUUUUUAAGGAAGCCUGAUUUGAAAUAGAAUCUGAUUUUAUUCAAUAUGCUGAUAAUGGACGUUUGAGAAUUAGACUCCGAUCCCUUUUUCUGGUUUAAUUGGUUUAUAGUGCCUCUAUAGUUACGACAGCCGUAUUAUUGUCUAUAGUCUAGAUUGCUGUACUUAAUGGCCUUAUAGAAACACAAGCUAUCUAUAGGGGUGCUGUAAUUUUGAUUGAAUUCAGGCUGUGUUCUUGGAGACAUUGGGAACUGCUAUACAUGUAGCUACUUACAGGAGUCUCUUAUCUGGACUGAAUUCAUACAUAAAUUGGAAUUCAGAAAUGUGACGUGCAAUUUUCUUGGGAAUAGUUCAAUUGAAAUAAACAAACAAACAAAAAAAAAGCCUAACGCAAACAACUUAAAAUAGAAAUAUGUAUAGGUGGUGUACAAUUUCCACCAUCAACGUUUGGGCCUUCAAAACAUCAAGAACAAACAAAGACUUUUUUAAUAAAGAGAAAGAAAGAAGCAGCAGCCAGUGUUAGCUUAUAUAUAAAUAUUUAUUGAGAUUUAUCACGGUAACUGAACAGCCAAGUAAAUAAGCAAUUUUAUAAAUCGUCCUUUGAAUACUGUUUCAGAAGGACUGGGUUUUUCAGCCCUUCCAAAUGUUGUAUUAAAAAAAAAAAAAAAAGGUAGAUCCAAAACAAAACCACCCGUCAUCUUAUAAAGACGUACUGCGUUAAUACAAGUUCCUAUUCUUCAACAGAAAUCUGGGGCACCGGGGGACUACAAAAGCAGACGCACGCAUUCAAAAUAUACAGUGCAAAAAGAUGCUCCUGAUACGCCUUUUCUUUUAGUUUUCAUUUUAGAAAUAUAUUUCAAAAUACUAAAUUUCAAAAAAUAAAUAAAGUUUGUCUAUGGAAUUUUGGACUCCUUAUAAAAAAAUAAAAAAAAAAUGUUCACAGCAGAUUUUUUUUUUUUUUUUUUUUUUUUUUAAUUAUUUUUGCAGCUGACAAUAUUGGGCAUGCAGGGGAGCAAAUAAUUUACAAUUCUGGCGCUAAAUGACCAAGCCCCGCCCUUAAAGCCCCACCCUAAAUCAAGCCCCACCCCAAAUCAAGUAACCUGUGGUUACAUGUCUAGGGGCGCCAAGUUUGCACAGCUGGUGUGCCUGUUGCAAUUCGACAAAAGAAACAGGCAAAGCUGCAUAAAAAGGCAACCAGAUAUUUCCAUGGUAGAGCGUGUUGCGUGUAAGACUGGCUUCCAUCGAGCUAUGGCCAAUCAUAUAUAAUCAAGCAAAGAUCAAGGAGCUUAUCUGAAACUCUCUAACAAUUAAAAAAAAAAUGCAAUACGUUUUUUUUUGUUGUAUUAUUUCAAUUAGAAAAAAAAAAAAGCAAACACCAAACUAAGAAAAAAAGAAAUCAGUAGAUGUAUAUAAAGCAUGCGUGCAUUCGAGACGCUGCCCCCCCCCCCCGUUUUAUUAUUCAGAGAUCUUCCUUUUUUCUCGUGACUUCAAAUAAAAAUAAUUAUGAAAUCAAAGGAUUGUUGGAAAGAUCAAAUUUCGGAUUUUUCCACGUUUGGGAGGACAAUUUAAUAAAAAAAACAGGAUAAGAAAAACAUUAAACUGUGUUUGAAUACGUGUUUGUUUUUCUAAAUAACACAGAACUAGCCAAAGAGCUUAAUCUCUUUGAUGGGCGAGGGUUACUUCAAAAAAAAAAAAAAAAAAAAAAAAAAAAAAAAAAAAUCUAUUUUUAUAAAAAAAAAAAAAAAAAAAAAAGGGACAAAGAUCUUGUUGAGAAUUUUUACAGAUUCUUGAGCGUAAAAAAACAAAACAACAAAAAAAAAAAAAGAAUAUUUUGACAGGCUACAUUGUUUCAUUGUUUUGAGGAUAACA